CGCUUGGGCGGUCGCGCCCCGCCCGUGAGGGGAAGUGAAACCUAAAUGCGCAGCGGGGAGGGGCGGGCUCGUCGCCGCGGCCUCGGCGGCUGCCGGGGCUCUGAGCACUGCUGCCAUGUCCCACACGGCGCCACAGGGCCCGGAGGAGGAGCGGCAAGGGAGGGCGCAGCGGCAGGAAGCGGCGAGGAGCAGUCGGGCGCGGCUCAAGAGCCGAUCGCAGCCCCCGGCGCUCAGCGGGAAGAGCCAGGAGCGGCAGGAGAGGAAACGGAAGAGGCUGGAGGCGCAGGAGCUCCAGAAGAUCCAGCACCUCGAGUCCUUCUAUGAGAAACCUCCCCCUGGGCUCAUUAAGGAGAAUGAAACAAAACCAGAGGACUGCAUACCUGAUGUGCCAGGCAAUGAAGGUGCCCGAGAAUUCCUGGCACAUGCCCCAACAAAAGGGCUUUGGAUGCCUUUGGGAAAAGAAGUCAAAGUCAUGCAGUGUUGGAGGUGUAAGCGUUACGGACACAGAACAGGAGAUAAAGAAUGCCCGUUCUUCAUUAAAGGCAACCAGAAAUUGGAACAAUUUAGAGUAGCACACGAAGAUCCAAUGUAUAAUAUAAUAAAGGAAAAUAAACGGCAAGAAAGAGAAAAGAGGAUAGAGGAGCUGAAGCAGCUCUUGGAGGACUCUACCUCAGAAGAUAACAGUGAUAAGGAUGAUGAAGACAGCAGCAGCUCCACUUCCUCCGAAGGCAGAGAUAAACAUAAGAAAAAAAAGAGAAAGAAGGAAAAGAAAAAGAAAGAAAAGAAGAAGAAGAAAAAGAGAAAGCGUAAGUCAUCUAAAUCUAAUGAGAAGUCAGAAUCUGAUUAGCAGCAGUCACCUGCUGCAUGCUCCUUGACCUCUUCUGGUGGAGUGAAAGGAAAAAUCCAAAGGAUGUGGAAGAAACCACCAGAAAAGCCUUUAUUAAACUGGGAAUGUAUAGAUGAUACAUAUGACAUCCUACGCUGGCCCGUCCAUUCCUGCCCCUUUGCAGCCAGAAGAGAACUGCAUUAAACAACUCUCUAUCAACCAUAUCUUUAUUGUAAAACCUGUGCUAAGGGUCAUCUGCCUUGGCCAGAUUUGGCUCUGCAUCGCCACAUGUGAUGGAAACAGCGACUUCCAAGGUACUGCCAACAAACCUGCAGCAGGAGCUGGCUGUCCGUUGAAGUGUCUUUUCUCUGUAAAGUUAUUGUAUUACAUACAGAGCACUGGGAGUUCAGUUACAGUGCUCAUAAGCAGCAGCUUGUACUGUAUUAUACUGCAUACAGCCUAUGUGAAGUUCAGUGUAUUUGUCCUACUACUGGCAGCUGGGAAGUAAAGAGCACUGCUGAAGGAAAGGAAGGUUAAUCAAGGGGAUCUACUUAAAAUUGCUGGGUUAAUAAAACUUGAGUGUUUUAUUGUGUGUAAUAAAAUUUCAACAUCAUCACCGUUAAUACACAUAGUUCUACAACACCUCAAACAUUUCUCCAACCUAUAGGAUUGGAAGCUGAGUGUAAAGAUGGAGUAGGUGUAGUUAUUUAAAAAGGGGUUUUCAUGUUCAAGAUGAAAAGGAUUCAUUUCUGUAUAUACUUUAGUAUCAGUUGUUUUGGUACAUCUGAGGUUUUUUUACUCGGGGAAAUAAAUUCCACCUUAUUUUUUUGUUUA